UGGUUCACGUGAUCUUUUCUCAGCCGGCCAGGGCCAGUUAAGGUAUCCGGAAGUGGCCCUUUCGCUGGCUAACUCUACCGGUCUGAAACACGUGCUUACGAUAGGGAGGUUCCUCAAGCCCCUGCCCGGGUCGGUUCGGUCCGGGUUCGGGGUGGGGGUGGGGCCGGGCCGGCCCUGUCAGGGCGGGAAGGGAACGGUUGGCGUGGGAGGCAGAGGCGGCAUGGAGCCGGGGGCCGAAGACUGCGGGGAGGCCGCUCGUUUGGUGGCCUCUUCCUCUUGGGAGGCCCCUCGGCGGGGCUUGGUCCAGAACCUGCGCCUGGCCUCGGCGGGCCUCGGAAGCCCUGACGACGGCGGCGGCGGCGGUGAUGGCUGGGAAGAGGAGGUGCUGGGGCCACCGGCGCCGGGUGAGGAUCUUGUGCUUCUGAAGAAGAAAAUGGACAAUGAAGAAGAAAAUUCCUGCUUCCUAUACCUGAAGUGUAAUCCUCACAGAUGUGAAGAAAUAGUUUCACUUGGGAUUUUAAGUGAAGCCAGGAAUAUGGAAGUGUAUGCCAGAGAGGAAUAUUGUGGAACCAGUAGAGGAGAGAGCGUUUGUACUGUCCAGCGUAACAGUGAAAAUGAAAUUACUUUGUAUAAGAAAUACCUAAAAUUAGAAUGUCCCACAGACUGCUGUAAAAUUAAGCUGCUUUCUUUUGGUGAUAAACAAAGUAUAUUUGUGAGUAAAAUUGUAGUCCAAGUAAGGGCAGUUUCUGCAAAUUCUUCAACAAGCUUUCCUGCUGUAGGAUCAAGGAUAGAUCUAGACAGAGUUCAAACCAUCAUGGAAUCCAUGGGAUCAAAAUUAUCACCAGGUGCUCAACAACUCAUGAACAUGGUUCGAUUUCAACAGCGGAAUUGUAUUCCUUUUGGAGAGCAACUUCAGUGUAUCUUGGGGAAGAAAGAACCAGCUGUUUUUGGAGAUGAACAUAUGCUUGAUGGGUUGCACAAGUCAACAGCUUCAGGAGUGCUAGACAGGUCAUCCACUAUACCCUUUCCUUUUAAGUCUGGAUUGACAUCUGGAGCAGUCACGGAAGAUAUAAAAGCUUACAUCGACAAAAGCACAGGACUGCCUGCUAGAGGAAGUAUUCCAGAUCUUGAAGAAUGUAAAAGUAUACAACAAAACAGUAUUCUUCCUGAAAAUGAUCUUAAAUUUGUAGUAUCCUCUUGGUUGCAAAAGAAAGCAAAUGAUAACUCAAAUAUACCUAGUUCUGAGCUGCUUCCUUUUCUUCAAAACUUGUGUAGUCAAGUAAACCAUCUCCGUGUAGGAGAAAAGAAUAAGCCUCAGGGAAACAAUACAAAGCCAAAUGAAGGCAUUGUAAGCAUUGGAGUAGAACAGCAGCCUGUAUGUUUCUACUUGGAAAAGAUAAUUUCUAAAAACAUGGAACUAAUGGAGAAGAAACUUAUGGACUACAUUGACCAGCGUAUGUACAAACUCCAAGAGCACAUAGAUAAUAAAGUUGUACUGUUAAUGGACUUGCUGCAAAAUUCCAAUUCCACAUCUACCCGGGUGACUCAAGAACAUUAUGAUUCUGGAGAAAGACUCUCAAAUGGCGAGCGAUAAUGCUUCAUAUUGUUAUGAGCAACAGAUGCCUGCUAGACAUAUGCACACAAAGCUCAAACCCCCAAAAGGUUUGGAGGGAAAUGAUUCAAGUUGAUAUCCUUCCAAGGGUUAUUAUCUGGUUAACAUAAAACAACCUCAGUGUUCAUUUUUUAUUGCACUUGUUACUGUAAUUCUCAGUAUUGUACACUAAAAGUUAACCUGUUAGUGUCAUAAGAUAUUUUUUACUAGUAAUAUUUUUCACUCUUACAAGACCUUCUAUGGCUUUAUUAUUUAAAAAGAAGCUGUUUUAAAAGAGCCACUUUUAGAAUUCUAAUUCAGCUCAAUAAAAUUUAUCCAUACACCCUUUAAAGAGAGAAGCAUUUUUCUAUUUAUAUAAAUGAAGACUUUAAUUAUUUUGUAAUUUUUAAAGUUAUGAAAAACUGCUUUAAAAAAGAUUUGAUUGCUGUGUUGGUUUGGUUUUGUUUCUAAUCGAACAUUAUUUGAAAAUUGAAGAUUCUCAGACAUGGAGACUUGGAUGUUUAGUUCACCCAUAUUAAACCUAGCAUGUGUGCAUUUCUUGAGAUAGAAAACUAUAGCUAAUGUUUGGCACUUGUAAAUUAAUUAACUAUGGGGUCAUUAACCUUCAGGCCAUGUUGGAUGGAAUAGGGCAAUAGAAAUCAACUUUGGCAUCCCCGUUGGUAGGAUUAUUAUUUUUGGCUCUGGUCAUCCUUAAGUAAAUCCAGUGUCCAUGGUGUUAAUUUGUGCUUGCUAAUUCUAACCUUAUUCCUGAUUGGUAAAAUGAGGGUCUUUAUAUGUACAGGGUCAGGUUCCUUCUAUAGUUAUUUGCUGAAAUAUGAAAUAACGAUACUCUGUAGUAUUAUCAGGGUUUAAGUUAACGAUUGAGUCAGGGCAUUGCAGGUCUCUUUGGGACACAUAAUUUCCAGAAUUUACUACUAGUGCAUAUAUUUAAGAAAAUAUAUUCAUUUCUAUAAACAAAUCCAUUCAUUCUGAAAACCACUUAGUUUAGAUAAAUGAGAAUCCAUUAUUCCACGUAUUUUUGUGGUUAAUAUUAUUGCUUAAGGUAAUUUGACUCCUUUUUUAGUGAGAUGAUGUUUCUUCUUGGUUAAUACUUUUGUUGAGUUGAUUCCUUAAGCAAGGGUUAAGUGAUCCUAAGUCCUAUAGGAUACUUACUAUAGGAUGUUCAUCUACAAUUAAAACACAAAAACCCAAACAAUAAAAAAAAACUUUCUCUAACACAUACUAUUGUGAGUUACAUUUUGAAAUUAAAAGUAAUGUGGGGAGAUGCAGUAGAGAGACUUCUUAAAAACCCUUCAUCUAAUUUUGUACUUAAACCUAUUUGGAGAAGUGAAUCUGUUUUCAUUAGAAUAUGUGAAAAACAAAAUGCAGAGGGUAGUCUUUUGUCUGCAAAAUAUUUCCUUACCAAAAAUUCUGUGUUCAUCUUCUGGAUUGUAUUUAUUUGAAAUAGUCUUGGCAUUAUUUAUUAUAAAAUAGGUACAUAUGUUUAUCAGUAAUUUUGGUGAAUUUCACUCCUGUAGCCUUAAUGGGGACAUGGAUUUCUUUGUAAGGCAGUAUAGUGGGCUGUUCAGUUUAAGGUAUAUCUUAAAAGUGUUUCAUUAAAUGAAAUAUACUUUCACCAAAA